CUGGAGAGACCGAGCAACAAGAACAGAUAGAAGCCAGCAGGAAAAGAAAGAAAGAGCAAAGGGGGUUGACAGAGGGAACAUUUAUCAAUUACGGGUGUAUGUGCAGUGAAAGGUCACUCGCUGUCUUCCUUUUAAUUAUUUUUUAAUUACCAGUAAAGCUUAUUGAUAAAUCACAGCUCGGGUUAUUUUCUUGUUGCAAAAGGAGGUUAGGAAAAUCAAGAAAAACAGCGAGGAUGUUGGUCCCCGCGGGAAGAUAAUGAAGAGGCUGCGUGUUGUGUUGGUGUGCCUAAUUGUAGCUCUCCUGUGCUGGUACCCCAGUCGUCAUGUCGAUUGUUCAGAACAGAGCGCCGAUGGCCCAGUACAGUCUGCACAGGAUAGUAGCCCUCAGGCGAAGCCGGAGGAGGGGGCUCACGAGAAGGUUGAAGAGGAGUGGGCCGUGUACAUCCAGUCAUACGACGUGGGACUGGAGUCGGAGAAGGCUUCAUUAGAGGAGCCGCCCGCGCAAAUUGUAAUGCAAGAUGAGGAAAAUGAUGAGACUGUGAAAAAGGAGGAGCCUGUCGUGGAGGUGAGGGCGGAGCCGGUGACGGACCCUGUGCCGGAACCCGAGUCUGAUCCUCCUGCCUCCCAAGACCAGGCUCCGCCCGCUGCUGCUGCUUCGACCCCGCCCACCGCCACCCCCACCGCUGUCCCCGCUGAACCCGAGGAAGCCCCCGAAGACACACCUACCUCACAAGCCCCUCCCACCCUGCCCCCCAGUGCAAUAGAGGUUGCCAGUGCCGAUACCCCUGUAGACAGCUCUAUUGAUGCUGAGCAUCAGCAGUCAGCCGCUGAGUGUGAGGCCGCAGGGCCGCCUGUGGCACCCCCUCCCUUUGGCAGCACACUCACCAGCAUGGCUGUGGAUCACAUAGAGAACUCCUCCAGCACUCAUGGGAGCAGGACGGGGACCAAAACUGACCUGGACCCACUCACCCAUGUGGAGCAGGACGUGCUGGACCAGGGCACCAACACCUCCAACAUGCCUGAGGAGGAGGCACAGACGGACGACGCCCCUGUCACCAAGGAGACGGACCCUUCUGUGCCGGACAAGGAAGACAUCCCCACCUUCGAUGAGUGGAAGAAGAAGGUGAUGGAGGUGGAGAAGGAGAAGAGCCAGUCCUUGAUGCACUCUUCCUCCAAUGGCAGCCCCCAUGUGGUGAAGAAGGUACAGAAGAAUUUUAAGAAUAACUACGCCUCUGUGGAGUGUGGGGCCAAAAUCCUGUCUGCAAACACGGAGGCGAAGAGUACCUCUGCCAUUCUGAUGGAGAACAUGGACCUCUAUAUGUUAAAUCCCUGUAGCAACAAGAUCUGGUUUGUCAUUGAGCUGUGCGAGCCCAUUCAAGUCAAGCAGCUGGACAUUGCCAACUUUGAGCUCUUCUCCUCCACUCCCAAGGACUUCCUGGUUUCCAUCAGUGACAGGUAUCCGACGAACAAGUGGAUCAAGCUGGGCACCUUCCACGGCAGGGACGAGCGCACAGUGCAGAGCUUCCCGCUGGACGAGCAGCUGUAUGCCAAAUACGUCAAGAUGUUCAUCAAGUACAUAAAGGUUGAACUCAUCUCCCACUUUGGAUCGGAGCACUUCUGCCCCCUCAGUCUCAUAAGGGUGUUCGGGACCAGUAUGGUGGAAGAGUAUGAGGAGAUCGCAGAGUCCCUGGAUCCCUCAGAGAGGCUGGAGUAUUUGGACGAGGAUUAUGAUUACCCUCCUGGCUAUGUGCCACCAGAAGACAAGGCUUCAAAGAACCUGUUGGGAUCGGCCACGAAUGCCAUCCUAAACAUGGUCAAUAACAUCGCUGCCAACGUGCUAGGGGCAAAGCCAGAACUUGAAGAAGGAGCUAAAAUUGAAGCAAACUUCUCGACCGAUGGAGAAAAUGUGACUGAGCCCUCCACCGAUGCUUCGGCCAGCACCAGCACCAGCAGUAGCCCCAGCCCCAGCCCUAGCCCCAGCCCCACCUCCACCCCCCCUCUUACGGAGGAGUCCCCAGAGCUGGAUGUGCCUGUCCCUAAGGAGGAGCCUGAGACUCCCCCAACCGAAGCCCCCACACCGGCCCCCCCCAAGGAGAACAUGAUCGUCACGCUGGUGGUGGAGGAAGAAGACGAGGAGCCUAGCCAGUCCACCGUCACCCUCCUGGAAGGGAAAGAGGAGGAGGAUGAGGAGCCAGUGGAACGGCAGAGGACAGAGGAGCGGCAGCAGGAGAGCCUGGCCUACUGCGGGGAGCUGUCCACGCUCUCCUGCGCCGCCUCCCUGCGGGAGUACCUGCUCCGCUGGUGCUCUGCCACGCUGACCCUGCAGCGGCAGCACAGCGACCGCCAGAGGCAGCGGGAGGUUCGGGACGACGCCGCCCACGCGCCCCUGCAGCCCCUCCCCCUCACCCCCACCCCCACUCAGGAGCCCCCGCUGGACACGGAGCCCCCGCCCGAGACCGAGAGGCCCGUGCCCCAGGGCGAGAGGAUCACCCCCACAGACGUGGUCCAGACCCCCACACGGCUCAUCGAGGCGGAGGUGGAGCGUACCAUCGAGCCCCUGCAGCUGGAGCCCAGCCAGACCUCCUCCCUGCCCCCCCAAAGCUUCUCCAAGGUUACCCCCACCGAAGAGAUCCCCAGGCUCUCAGUCCUGGAGCUGCUUGACCCGGAGCUCCCUCACCCGGACGAGGUCCCCGAAACGCAGGCGGAGCCCAAGAAAGUGCCCCCUGCCAGUAGCAGCGCUAGCACUAGCAGUAGCAGUAGCAGCAGCCUCAGCCUCAGCAGCUCCUCAGUCAGCCCCACGCUGGAGCUGGCCACCCCGGAGACAGACGCUCCCAAACAGGACCUGCCAGCCCUCACUGUGAACGAGCCGCCCGUCCUGCCCCUCCCCACCGCCACCCGACCCGCCGAAAUCCCCCCGCCCACAGAGCUGCCAGCCCCGGUGGAGGCUGAGGGGGCCAAAGUGGCCCCGGAGGAGCCCAGCAGGACAGUCCCUGUGCCAGAACACCCCGAAGCACCCGCUCUGCCCCUCGAGCCCAAGGUGGAGGAGACCGUGGAGGACCUCCUGCUGACCGUGUCUUCAGGCAGCGCGCAGUUGCACCGCACGGCCACCGACUUCUACGCCGAGCUGCAGAACUCCACCGAGCUCAACUACGGCAAUGGCAACGGCAACCAGGUGCACGGCUCAAACCAGAAGGAGUCGGUCUUCAUGAGGCUGAACAAUCGCAUCAAGGCCCUGGAGAUGAACAUGUCCCUCAGCAGCCGCUACCUGGAGGAACUCAGCCAGAGGUACCGGAAGCAAAUGGAAGAGAUGCAGCGGGCCUUUAACAAGACCAUCAUAAAGCUUCAGAACACCUCUCGGAUCGCUGAGGAGCAGGAUCAGAAGCAGACAGAAUCCAUCCAGGUCCUACAGAGCCAGCUGGAGAACAUCACACAGCUGGUGCUCAACCUGUCCACCACCGUCAGCCAGCUGCAGAGAGAGGUGUCGGACAGGCAGAGCUUCCUGGUGGUGUCUCUGCUGCUCUGUCUGUGCCUGGGCCUGCUGCUGUGCAUCCAGUGCUGCCGCAGCUCGACUCUGCCCCCGCCCGACUCCACCUCCUCCAUCCCCAAGAGCAACCAUUACCCCAGCCCCAAGAGGUGUUUCUCCUCAUACGAUGACAUGAGCCUGAAGCGGAGAGUAUCAUGCCCCCUCGUGCGAUCAAAGUCCUUCCAAUUUCCCACUUCAGAAGUAGGUCCAGAUGACUUGUACAUUGUAGAACCUCUAAGGUUUUCUCCAGAAAAAAAGAAGAAGCGCUGCAAGAUGAAGGCCGAGAAGGUGGAAACGCUGAAGCCUUCCGUCCCCACGCCAGCAGUAGCUAACGGAGGGCCCAAGUGUAACGGCGUCCCGCCCCACAACAUGUUCCUGUCCUCGGGCGAGACGGGCAUGUCCUCGUCCAAGGACCCCACCUCUGAAGGCAGCUCGGAGGGCUCGUCCCAGUCAGACGAGUCCUACUUCUGUGGCAUCUCGUCCUGCUCGCGGCUCUGCAACGGCCACCCCCCGCCCAAGACCAAGACAGAGAAGAGAGCCUUCAAGCGCCGGCGCUCCAAAAUGCUGGAGCAGGGCAGGUACACGGGGGAGGUGCUGCCGGUGCAGACAUCCACCAUGCCCACUCUGGAGGACUUGAUGAAGGGAAACAAGGAAAUCGGUGUGGGGAACUUUGGGGUGACUGCGGUUACGGGCCACGUUUGACCCGAGGCACCCCCUCACACCAAUCCCAUAUCAUUGGGCUCACUGACCCAUCCACUGUUCCACCCCCCACACGCCAACACGCACAUGUUAAUGUUCACACACACGCGCACACACACACACACACACACACACAUACACACACACACACACACACAGACAUAUGCACACAUACUCGCGCACACACACAGGGACACCCAGUGUGCAGACUGGCACUUUGCGGUCUCCCAGUGUGCGACAGAACCAGGGCAUGGACUAGGCCAAGCCGCCCGGUUUCACUGGGUCGCCUGGGGCAGCCAGGCCUGCCAUCGGCAACAGAGUACAGAGUGGACCUCCAACAAGAUGGCAGGCAGACCCCAGGCAUAAGACCACCCCCCCCUCCCUCCCGAAAUAAGACAUUGCUCCCAUGUUCUCUUAACUUCUCCUUGUUUAUGUGCCUUUUUGUCCAUUUUAGAGCUUUGUUUUCUGAAGAGCAAUGUUAUACGAUACAGACAACAAAAUGGGGAGAAAAAAAAAAAGAUUUUAACGUGGGUGAAUUUUUCAAUGAGACUAGCACAUUGUUUCGUCGGGAGCGGUAUCAGCAGAUGGCAUUCCACCCCAGUACUGGCUGUCCAGACACAAGGGCAGUCAGCCAGAGUUCCAGCCUUUCAGCUUUCAGAAGUGAAGCUUCUUGUGGGGAGAUGCAUGCCCAUCAAAAACAUUUACAGCAAGACAAGUCACUUUUUCCUCUUCCGUUUUCUUUCCUGUUGAACAUUUAACACUAUAACGGCAGCAACAGUUGUUUUUUUGGGACCAGUGUUGUCAUCAUCUUGCGUGAUAAGCCCAAGUCUCUUGAAGCAACCAUCAUCCAGUGACUGAAGCUGAAUGAAGAAUGAGUCCACAUUUUCACGUCGCUUUCCCCUUCAAUCUCUGCAAGCAUUUGGAGGCAUUGAGCGUCAUGGCUCACUGCUAUAUCUGAGAAAAUGUCAGUACCUGUCUAUGAAUUACAAACACAUUCACACAGCUGGUUUUAUUUAAUUUCAUUCAGUGUGGACCAAACUAAUGGAAGUAUGUGGGACAGUGUGUUGUGUAGGCCAGUUUGCAUGAGCACAUCACAGACCACAAGAAUGAUGACUCUCAAGGACCCUGAAGGGGGGCGCUCUACUCGCAGAUUUAUUUAUGUAUUUAUUUAUUUAAAUGUCUGACAGGUUUCCUUGCCUGGGUUCCACUGCGGGCACAGUUCAGUCUUGUAUGCCGCUACCCCUUCAGGGUCCCAUGGUGUCCUUGAACUUAAUAUUUCUCCAUAAUAAUGACCACAGUGAUGGCACUCUCAAUGGUACUCGCAUACUGUGCGUUCUCAGCACACUGGCCAACACACUUGCUCAGGUGUCCACUUCGUUUGUUUCAUUUAAUUUACAGUGUAGAAAAGACUGGACUCUUAAGACCCCUGCAGAAAGACUUGCAUAUAUACUGUAUACCUGUUACUGGAUACAUCAUCUUACUGCUUGAGAAGAUGGUCCAUUUCAUGUAUACUGGAAUAAUCAUUUGCUUUUAAUACACGUUAAACCUCAGAUGUUUUUGCUUGUUAAGGAUGUGACUGAUGUGGUUCAUGCUUAGCCCCUUUUUGAAGGCUUAAUGUAUGUUCUGAGUAGCUGAGUACAGUUCAUUGGGUUGACUAUUGGGUGUUUAAGAGGGUGGUGUAUCUUUAACAAAUGUACAGCACUCCUACUGACCACUUCCUACUCAUCAAUUCUCCUCCUUGUCCCCCCAGCUUGCGCACACUCCAGGUCAUUUCUUGCACAGCCACCAUGUCCCUCUGUAAAAACAGCUGUUUUAUGCACCCAUUUUGACCAUUUGUCUUGCUAAAGUUAUAAACAAAAAAUGCUAGCAUCCUUGUCGCACAGUGUCUUGUGCCUAAUGGUUCUGUGAAAUUCUUUGUUCUUUCAAUUGCCCCUCUCUACUUUUAAAAUGAACAGAGGCUGUUUAUCUGCUAAAAUGUAUCGAUUCCCCCAUUUUCAAGAGUUAAAGUUUAAAAAAAGAAAAGGGAAAGCUCUGGAUGGAUUUUGAAUGUAACCAUUAUUUUAAGCAAUUUGAUGAAAGGUGUCCUGCACACACCGUGGGGUCUCUCAUAUUUGUUAAAUCAUGAUUCUUUUGUACCUCCUGAAUGAGUAUGAACAUGUUUGGAAAAAGCUGUGUUUUGUGUGUGUGCAUGCGAGAGUGUUGUGAAGUCCUUUUUUUUGACCCCUGUGUCUGGAAGGAAGACUUGUCCCCAAUGUGCGUAUUGUAUAACCAGGUGAAUAGAAAUAUUGCUCUUGUUGGAAGGUCUACAAGCUCAGUGUGCACUUCUGUUGAUUCUAUUGCCUUUUGUUUUUUUUUCUACACUAUACCUUGUAUGUCAAGUGCUCUUUGCGAGUUUCUCUGUGUGGCAUCCCCAGUAAGCUGAGGCAGUGCGAGGCGCCAGGAGGCCAUGGGAACACUAUUGUCUGAGAGGAGGAGCUGCACAGAACUUUUUUGAACAGGAGCAAGUGUAACUACAAAGAUGUAGUGCCAUUAGAAACUGUGAAUUUCUAAAUAAACGUUUUCUUUCCUGAGA